GUGCGGCGGUCUGGUGUCUAGUGAGCCGGCUGGUCGAGGGGUGGCGGUGCGGUAGUGUCGCGCCGAAACAACCCUCAGUCUAAAAGCUACCGCGGUCGGGUGCGUGUCUUUACUGACGUCUUUCUGCGCGAUUAUCUGCCGCAUACGUCCAUUUACGUUUCUCUUAAUUGUGUAUUGUUCUGGACCUGACCUCGGAUGCCCUACUCGAGUAUCAUAGUGCGGUUCUUUGUCGAUCCAACAGAUUGAAGGUCAAGUUAACUUCCGGAGCGAGUUGACGAAUCAGCGGAGGAGUAUCUAAACGGACGCGUUACCAGAGAUCAUCGUUUCGAUGACAGUUGCCAGCGGUGGACGUUAAAGUGAUACACGAGCCACCGAAAGGAUCCUUUGCUCGCGAAAGCGAACGAGAAGUGGUAAGCAGGAAGAUGAGAGUCCGUGAGAGUUGAAGUAAAAACCUGCACAACGAAUAGCAACAGCCUGCCUCGUCCAUUGCGACCAGCCACAUAUCUCACGUUAAGAUGACAUAGAAUGGGUUGGGUGGCGCUAGGGCGGUGUGCGGGUGGUGGCGGCCGCCUCUCGUCCGUCCUCUCGCUGUCUCUCACCUCCCUCGCAAGCUCCCUCAUCUUCACCAUCCUCUGUAUCCUCACACUUGCCCUCACUCUUGUCACUCUCGUGCGUGCCGAAGACAUUUUCGAGGAGGGCAAGUCGGACAAGGAGAUACUGGACAACCUGCUGCUGUCGACCCGUUACGACAAGCGGCUUCUGCCCCCGGUCCAAGAUGCGGAUUUCUGCUGCGGAAUGCGAUGGCCUGGUGACGCCACCGGCCUGUCGAACCGGUCGUCGACCUCCUCUAACGACCCCAAGAACCAGUACAAGAACCAGAACAAUAACCACUACACGUCGCACCAACACCUUCGCACCCACCUUCGCGGAACCUUGACCGUAAACGUGAGCGUGCUCUUGCUAAGUUUGGCUUCUCCCGACGAGUCCAGUUUGAAAUACGAGGUGGAAUUCCUGCUGCAACAACAGUGGUACGACCCGCGAUUACGAUACAGCAAUCGGUCGCAGUACGAUUACUUGAAUGCGAUUCAUCAUUACGAUGAUAUCUGGUUGCCGGACACGUACUUCAUAAUGCACGGAGACUUCAAGGACCCGCUCAUACCAGUUCAUUUUGCCCUUCGGAUAUAUCGCAACGGCACGGUCAACUACCUUAUGCGGCGUCAUCUCAUCCUAUCCUGCCAGGGUAGACUCAAUAUCUUCCCUUUCGAUGACCCACUGUGUUCAUUCGCGAUCGAGAGCAUAUCGUACGAGCAAUCGGCGAUCACGUACGUGUGGAAAAAUGACGAGGGUACGUUGCGGAAGAGUCCUAGUCUAACGUCGCUGAACGCAUACCUCAUUAAGAACCAGACAAUCACGUGUCCGAUCAAAGUAAGCUGGAGAGCUGAGGGACAGAUCGUGGUCGACUACGAGGACGAGUUCGAUGAAUUUGGGGACGCAAAGUGUUCGCUGUGCCAGCGCAGAUUUGAGGAGCAAGGUAACUACAGCUGCCUGAAGGUGGAUCUGAUUUUUACGCGAGAUCGUGCCUUCUACUUCACAACAGUCUUCAUCCCGGGUAUCAUUUUGGUGACCAGCUCCUUCAUAACCUUCUGGCUUGAAUGGAAUGCGGUGCCAGCGCGAGUAAUGAUCGGUGUGACGACGAUGCUCAACUUCUUCACGACGUCGAACGGUUUCCGCUCGACGCUGCCCGUCGUGUCGAACUUAACUGCCAUGAACGUGUGGGAUGGCGUUUGUAUGUGCUUCAUCUACGCCAGCUUGCUCGAGUUCGUCUGCGUGAAUUACGUCGGCCGUAAACGGCCGAUGCACAAUGUCGUCUAUCGUCCUGGAGAGAAUCCUGUCACCCAGCGGCUCCCAGCGGUGCUCAGCAGGAUAGGGAUAAUAUUGGCCAGCCCCUUGGGUAAAAAGAAGCGAGAGGGCGGUCCACCGACCGGAGCUACGACAGGACCGAACGAGAUCGUAACCUGCACCAAUUGUGGACCCAACCCUUGCACGCACACGACCACCAAUGGAUGCACAGCCGAGUUGAGAAAAAAGGAACCACCGCAUCCGAUAAGAGUGGCAAAGACGAUCGACGUGAUAGCAAGAAUCACUUUUCCGGUCGCCUAUUUCAUGUUCCUCACCUUUUUCUUCAUCCACUACAAAGGCACCUCGUAGACCAACACCAGAGGCAACAGUCCAGAAGAAUUCCACCGUUGAUCAUCGAAGGUCACGUCACUCGGCGUGGCUCUAUCUCAAGUCGAAUUUCAAUUGUCGAAGAGAAGCGUCGAAGCUAGAGAACCAAAGGGGAGCAGACACGUGACGCGUAGGUCAUCUGGAAAGUGUAUAUCGAAAUCGGAAGGGAUGAACUCGUCGGAUAAACUCGACAGUCGAAGAAAGUGUUCGGCGAUCUCUCCACCGCUCGAAGAAGCGAAACGUCGUCGGGAAAAGGAUCGCGAGAAAGUGUGUUUCGAUGUCGAUGCAUGAAACCAGAAAUGAUCACGUCUAUACGUAGGUGGUAUUCCGUGGAAGAAAAAAAAUGUACUUACUAACGAUAUAACGUACGAAACGGUAUCGAUCGGCGCGUGAUCGAGCGAAGAUCGUGCCGAAGUCUUAGGCUGUCUUUUCUUUGGCUUCGAAGGGGGAAGAAACGGAGAGAGCAAGAGAAAUUGGUGGAUUCGCCUCUUCCUCAUCUUUUCUCACAUGUGAUAAUUCUUAAAAGCACUCUUUAUCGAAAAAGCGAAAAGCAAGCUUGGGUCCGGUGAAUAGUCGACGAAGGGCAUACAUACGAAGAGAAAUAGGGUACGAGAGCGAGAAAAAAAGUGAAUGAAAGGGAGGGAGAGAAAGAGAGCGAGAGCGAGAGAGAGAGAGAGAGCGAGAGAUAGAACGAAAACGCGGACACACUCUUUAAAAAUCUUUCUUCUACUAUCGGAUAUAGUGAUGUCGCUAAUUCGAGAAUGCUUCUGAAAACUAGCUAAAAAGGAAAAAAAAGAAAUCAAAUUUACUUAAUUAAGGAAUGUUAUUACUUGUAAUCUCACUACAAAUAGGUAAGGUCGAUGUAAGUGUCGUCCAUGAAAUCGCUAACUCGUGAUUCGCCUUUUACUUAAAUAUCGACCUUUUUUCUGUACUUUAUCGUGAUUACGAUACCGUGGCAAAAAUCAACGUGAUCGCAAGUUAGCUCUAUAUUCGUAGACCUUUAAAAAAAGACGUUCGCUUUCAAUCGAGGGAGCAGGGCUGCGAAGCAUACAAUUCCGUUGUACAAAAAGAAAAAAAAUAUAUAUACAUAUAUGAUAUAUAUACAUACACACAUACAAACAUGCGCGUGCGCACACACACACACAACACGCACACACACUACACAUACACACAUAAAUAUAGUUAAUCAAUCGUCGUUUCAUCAAAGCUUUUCACUGUAGGUACAUACGUAUACUUAUAAUACGAUAUGUAUCCUUUUCUCAAUCAUUCAGGGUAGCAUUCGCAUAAAUAGCUUCUACGAUUUAUAUUCUACCUGUACGAUCAGUGCAGUUCAAGGUGGUCGUAAGGUGAGGUCGUAACAAAAACGAGUCCUGUCGAAUUUUUGAAACUUUCAGGUAAUAACGAGUGCAUUCUAAUAGCCAGAAGUUAUCCUGACCACAUAUUAAGUAGAAUCAGUAUUGUAAAAUUAACUAUAUAUGUCUUGUUUUACCAUCGAAUCGGUUCUUUAAAAAUUGUUAUUACGAGGUCAAGGACUUCAUGAUUUAAUUUAGUAUAAUUCCUCUGUGAUAUGAUCGAAGGUACACUUGUAGAGAUUAUGUAACGUGAUGAAUAUUUUGUUUAAUUAAAUUGGGAUAUAUUGAAGAGAAAUUGACAUUACAAUAGGACUACCAAAGUCACGACGACUGGUAUCAAAUUUGUUGAUUUUGUAAUUGCUAAAAGUGUUUUUGCUAACAUUAAUGUUUACUUAUUUAUUUUUGUCAUACUGCUUUAAUUCUAAUUAAACGUGUAUAAUAUAUCUAGUUUAUGUAUUGAAGAGUACUCUUUUGCUUUCUUGAAAAAGGACAAACACGAAUAGGGGUGGUUUUUGUUACGAGACCUUCGACUCGUUUGACAUAGAAAAGAACAGAUUCAAAUUGACCCAUUGAAUUCCAUGACCAAAUUAAUCUUCCGAAUUUCUUUUUAAUUUCUCUUCGUUCUAAACGAAAUUCGAAUGUACGAACGAAACUUCAUCGAUGAUGAUAGAUGAUGAUCAUAUUAACGACAAAACGAUAACACACACAGGGAGGAAUUAACUUAAUACGGGUAAAGCUUGCGAUUAGCUUAGAUUUAACGAAGUGCCCAUAUUCGAUGCUCGAGCGACGCUGAUGCUUUGCCCGCGAAAGAUACAAUUUAGGAAGAACGUAGAAAGAGUAACAAAAGUCAAGUACGCCGCUCGAUACUUUUUGAAACAAUGAACUUCAGUGGAAGAAACAGCGAAGCGGCUGAAAGAAAUUUUUAGAAUAUAAUUCCAGAGUUAACAUUCGAUGUUUCUUCGAGUAAUCUGCGCAUCUUUAGAUAUACAAUUACUAUUAUUACUGUUAUUGUUCUUAUUAUUAUCAAUUGUCACCAUCAUCGUCGUCAUCCUUGUCAUCGCCAUCGCCAUCAACGUCAUUAUUAUUACUAUUGCCACACUACUAUUACUAUUGUUAUCAUUAAAAGAAUAACUAUUACUAUUAUUAAAUAUCGCUACUAUCGUGCUACUAUAUCGUUACCGCUAUUUGUAAGCGUUAUUCUUAUUACGAAGUUUCGGUGAGAUUAUACGAGAGAAACGUGGCCGGGGAAAACAUCGAACGAAAAAUCGAUUAAACCGAUUUCGAAUCGUACGUGCCACUUGAUUCUUCAGCAAUAUUAACCGCAGACCAAAGUAUUCCAUCGCCUAUCGUGCUUUCACAAAGUUUAGUCGAGUACGCGAUCGCUCGCGUGUUCCAGGUAAUCGCGAGCCCAUCGUUAAAAGAAAGUUUUCUUCGAGCGAAGGAUUAAGAGGAAGAAGAAAUUUAACGAUUUCACCAAGCUCAAUCGUGUAGAGAAGUUGCACGGAAAACAAUGAAAGAAAAAAAAAAAGAAAGGAGGAGAACGUAUUACGUAUUACGUGUUUAGAAUAAUCAAAAAUCAAUUCUGUAUAAUUAUAUCGAUCGCAAACCCGCCAUCUCACCUUUUCCUCGACUUUGAUUUUCAUCUUUUACAUUACGAUUGACCGUUCGUAGCCAAGUAUCACGAUGUACGCGCGAGUACGGCGUUUGACAACGGCGUUCGUUCGUUUAAUAAAAGUUCGAGGAGACAGCUGCUUUUUUUCCAAUAAUACGUGACACUUUAUAGCGACACUAUGCGAACGAUGUAAUUGUACCGUAUCGCUACAUUUAUUACAAUUACCGAUAAUUAGGAUCGUAGGUGUUAACGUUACAAGUGUCUACGGACAUCGUAAAAACAAUUGAAAAUAAGCUUCUCUUAUUAUUAUGGCGCCGACUUAAGGGUAUUCGACACAUAAGAGUAAUCGACACAACGAAUAUUGCGUAGAGGCCGAAUUUGCCGAUCAAGGAACGAACGAUUCGAUUCAUCUAGUUGGAAAUUAUAUUUUGUCGGGGAACGAAAAUAUCGCUCAGUCCAAACUCGGUGAAAUUCUUUUUUCUUUUUCUCCUUUUCUUAUCUGAAAGAUACAAACAAAAAACGAAAAAUAUAAAAUAAAGAGACAAAGAUGUAUGUUGGAAAAUUUUGCCGAGGUUGGCGACGAGUCGAUGAAAAAAGGAUGAUCGUUGACUACCUAUCGCUGUUUCAUACGCGUUGUCAUCUGCCGUGAGUGAACAAGCAGUCGUUUAGAUGAUAGGAUGCGUUGAUAAAUUAAUUAAUUAAUUAAUGUCGUUAAUGUUUAUAAUACUCCACGGACCAAAACACGUAAUCCUAAAUCUUUAGCGUCGUAUAUAAUUAGCUGCACUUGUGCAAUGCCUCCUACGAGACCGCAUAGCAUCGGAUUCAUCCUUCGUUACGCAUCGAUUCGUUCGGCGAUUCUAUUUUCGUCGAACUAUAUCUUCACCCUCGUUGACAAGUAUUAAAGACACCUGCACAUCCUGGCAAAAUAAUUUACCGACUAGUAACGUUAGUAAUUUGAUAAGUUGCAAAAAUUGUAGAUAAUAGAAUUCUUUUUCACAAAUUUAUAAUUUUAAGUUGCAACUUGCCAAAAUUUGUGUGAUCAAACGAGUCUAUUUUCUGCGGGAAGUUUAUUUAUUUUGUCAAAAUGUAUUUAUAAUUUAUUUGUGUAUUCUGUUCGACUAUGAAAUCAACGAAAGCUCGUUCGUACGUAUAAUUACUAUCAGUCGAUAAUGCAGGUUCAAACAGUGUUGAAAAUCUUGUUAUAUAGGGGAAAACACGAGACGAAGGAUGAAUCAUCGUCGAAUACAUUUUGAGCUUCGUCGUCGUGGUCGACAAAUUUCACGAGAUUAAUUCUCUAAACACCAAUCGACGCACGUUCGGCAGUUUGAUCCUUUCCAGGAGUUUAGGCAGCUUUCACCGACGCGUUCUACCCGAUUUUUAAUGUAUAGCCAUUACUAUAUCGUCGAAAGUCUGUCUAAUAGAUUCAUUUUGAUCUGCGUUCUCGUAAACGUAAACAAUAAUGCAAGCGCUUUGUGACUAGCCAAAUCGAAACACAUUGAUCCAUGAGAAAUUAAAUAUUAGUCAAGGUAGAAAGUUACAGUUAGUUGAACUGAUUUUUUAGGCAACGACGAACUGGAAGAUCGUACAGUAGAACGGUGAAUAAAUGAGAAUGACGAGCAACUUUUUUAACCCUUACGAGACGAACGGUUGAAUAAUGGUAGUCAGUUGACUAAAAGUUAUUCAAAUUUACAAAUUACAAAUAACUUUUAGGAAAAUUGUUGAGUUGCUCUAACUUUUCUGAUGCCAUUGAAACUUAUUGGAACAUGUUGAAACGUAAAUUUCUAUCAUGAACGCAACUAAGCAUCUCAUUUUAAAAAUUAUUAUUAUAUUAUGUUUUUUCAAACUUGACUGUAAUUGUAAUGUAUACUGUUAUAUUAUUGCCUUUAGUUUUAAAAGAGAAAUUACACGGAGUCUCAAAAGGGUUAAAACAAACAAAGACAAAGAGUGAACAACAGCGAUUACUACCGGACUUUUAUGAUAGCAUAAACGUCCACGUGUAUAUUUGUUCGAUUUUCUAGUCUAUCCGAUUCUAUUCUUAUUUUUGUACCUUUUCCACUGCAUCUAUCGAAGGCAUGGACAAAGAUCACGGAUUUUAUGUAACGCGAAAGUAAGAUCGAGAUAUUUCGAUACAUGAUAUCGGUGAUCGCUUAUCGAUUGAUUUUGCAUAUUAGAAUAUGUAUUGUACUAUGUUUAAAAAAAAUGUGCACGUCUUACGUGUACGAAAAGAUGUGAAGCAGUAGGAGAAACGGUGAUCAAGUUCUGAAUGACGAGGAAACCGUAUUAGAUGAGCCUUAUCAGUGUUACUAUAUUACAGAUCGAUACAUUCGAGUAUUAUGUAUAUGCAAUUUUCGAAAAAAAAAAGUUCUCUUAGCGUAGGAUUAAUAAUCGCAUCGUUGAAUCCAAUACUUUUCACCGUUACUGUUUAUCGAUAUUUUAUCAUUUAUUACAAGCUCAACUAUUCUAUGAAUGUCUUUAUAUCGUUAGGUUUUAUCGUUAUUCGUCACUAUUUUAUUCAUCGUACCGAGGAAUUUUAUCAUCGUUGCCACAUCGCGUGAUUAUAUAUGAUAAUUAAUGUUCACCGUUGCGAUCGUUAUUAAUAAUUACCGUAAAUCGAUUACUAGUUCACGAUUACAUAUUAUGCACGUUCAACUUGAAUGAAACUCGCGCGCGAUAAUAAAGACAGAAUGAAGCAAGAAAUAGACAAGAAAGAAAUAAAAGAAAGCUUUGUUGUUUACAAGGCGAAACGUAUGCACGACUAUUUUUGCAGCAUUUCACGCAAAUAUAACGCGGCUAGAGGAAGGAGAAAUAAAGAAAUACAUAAAUGAAUUAAUUAUAAGCAAAUCUUUUCAAAAGCUUUACAAACACGUAACAUCUUUUUUCUUUGCGAUAAUUAUGAGAAAAAAUCAAGAAAAAAAAAUUAAUUAUAAAAACAGUUCAUACUAUAUAAGCGUCUCUUCUUUGUCGUAAAAAGAUUACAAUGUACAAUGAAUAAUGAAUGAAAAUUCGUUUCCUAUUUACAUUUUCUUAAAUACAUCAAAAAUGCAAAAUUCAAGUUAUCGUGGUUAUUUUUUAAGGGAAAUAUUGAUUUACAUGCAUAUACAAAUACACAUAACAAAUGCGUACACGUAGACUUUACUCACGCAUUACCAACGCAUUACAUAAAAUAAUUAUGCCAAUAUGCACAAUGAAUAAUCAUUUUUGCGACCAAACGGUUGCAAUGAUAUAAAACAUCAAUACAUUAUUAUGAUAAAAUCGCGAAUGCACACUUAAUAAGUGCAUUAAUAAAUCGUUUCUAAUCGUAAGCGUAAUUUAUUAAUUAUUAUAUCGUAACGACGAUUGAUUAUCUGAUUUAUCGGCUGUGUUUGUAACGUACGUGAUUAAGUAUUAAAUUAUCAACUUAAAUAGUAA